AUGGAGCACAAAGCCCAUCCAGAAGAAGCUUUUUUUUUGAACAAGGGUAAAAGAAGUGGCGCUUCCUCUCCAAACGAAAUCUCCUUCUAUGAGUUCUAUACGGCGGCACUCUUCUCCGUCUCCCCCUCCAUCGUGAUUUUGAAGCUCCGCUCACCCCUCAACUCUGAUUCCAUCUAUCAUCUCCAUUACUUCAACGUCUCGCGAUCGUUUUUCAAUCUCGCUCAUCACCGUCAUCAAUUUCCUCUUUGCAGAUCUCCAUAUAUGCCUCUAUCGCGAUCCACCUUACUCCGCAAGCAUCUCCGUCGUCAAAAUGCCAUAACUUCAUUUAUGAGCUUCAACACCGAUUUGUUCACACAACAACAAUACAUAUCCACGAACACAAAAACAUAA